GACUGGCAGGGUUGGAUGCCAAGUCCAGUGGCCGCCUGGGCACCCGAGCCAUGGUGUACUACAUGUCCACCACAGUCAUCGCUGCCGCUCUGGGUGUCAUUCUGGUGCUGCUCAUCCACCCAGGUAACCCCAAGCUGAAGUCCAACCUCGGGCCUGGCAAGAAGAACGACGACGUCUCCAGUCUGGACGCCUUCUUCGAUCUAAUUCGAAACCUUUUCCCAGAAAACCUGGUUCAGGCCUGCUUCCAGCAGAUCCAGACAGUCACCACAAAAGUCCCCGUACCUACCAACAGGACCAGGGGUCCACCACAGUUUACCAUCAAAAGGGCUCUUCAGUACAAGAGUGGGAUGAAUGUGCUAGGUUUGAUCGGUUUCUUUGUGGCUUUCGGGAUAAUCAUGGGGAAGAUGGGAGAAAAGGCCAAGCUCAUGCUGGAGUUUUUUAACGUUCUCAACGAGAUCGUCAUGAGGAUUGUUGGCAUGAUUAUGUGGUAUUCCCCUUUCGGUAUCGCCUGUCUCAUCUGUGGGAAGAUCAUCUCAAUCGAUGAUCUGGAAAUGGUUGCCAGGCAACUGGGAAUGUACAUGGUGACCGUGAUCGUGGGCCUUGUCAUCCACGGUGCCAUAUUUCUACCGCUAAUAUACUUAGUCAUUGUGAAGAAAAACCCCUAUGUCUUCUUCAUGGGAAUCUUCCAGGCCUGGGUCACCGCUAUUGGGACAGCAUCUAGUGCUGGUACCCUGCCAGUCACAUUCCGCUGUCUGGAGGAGAACUUGGGCAUCGAUAAGCGAGUGACGCGAUUCGUGCUCCCCGUGGGCGCCACUAUCAACAUGGACGGCACUGCGCUUUACGAGGCCGUGGCAGCCAUCUUCAUCGCCCAGAUGAAUAACAUCGACCUCGACUACGGCCAGAUCGUCACUGUCAGCCUGACAGCAACCUUGGCCAGUGUGGGAGCGGCCAGUAUCCCCAGUGCUGGAUUGGUGACCAUGCUACUGAUCCUAACAGCCGUUGGGUUACCCACCCAAGACAUCAGUCUGUUGGUGGCUGUUGACUGGCUGCUGGAUCGGUUCCGAACCUCCGUCAACGUGGUUGGGGACUCCUACGGGGCCGGUAUCGUUUACCACCUGUCCAAAGACGAGCUCGAUGCGUUUGACGCCGCGCAAAAAGUUGAUGAAUUUGAGUUGACAAAAUCCCAAUCCUUCUUCGAGAACAACACCAACCAGUGUGUUUACGCUGCAGCCCACAGCACAGUCAUGAUAGAUGAUUGCAAGGUAUCCAUGGGCAAUGGAAACGGCCACCCCAACGGCCACCCCAACACUGCAGAUUUCUCUCUUGUUGAGGAGGAACCAUGGAAACGAGAGUAAAGCAGCACCCUGCUCCGACCUCAUCCUGACUUCCACAAGCUUCCCUUCCUGACCGAAAUAAAGAACGUAACCACACUUAGCCCUGUAAUCAUAAGCUUUGGUGCAUCAGUCUUACUUCCUGUGGUCUGACUAUGGUCAGUUCAUUGACUAUGGGAUGAAGCUCCCCUCCCACAAAGACAACGUAGGUACGCAUCCACUUGUACCUAUCUUAAACAAUUAGAUUAGGACUUCCAAAUGACAUUGCUUAAGCUGUGCUGGUGAUUUCUAAGGCAUUGUUUAGUAUAAUGGACCCAUUCAGGUGGUUGUAUUCUGAACCUUACUCGACAGUGCAUGUUCUCUGAUAUACGCAAUGCCACACUUUUGUUGCUGCUCAACCUUUUGGGGAAAAAGCAAUCCUUCUGUUUGUUUUAUGUAUAAAAAAUGUAGGGGUUUUGUUAGCGCCAGAGGCAGUUCAGAGAAUGUGUGCUUAUGGGAUGUGGCCUUGCCAGUUGUAUACAAGGACCAGUUGAGGAGUGUUAUGAUGAGAAGCCCCUCCGUGGAGAACCCUCCUGUCAGUCACUACUAUUCCUAUUCCUGACCCUGCACAACCUUAGAACAAUAUGUUCCAGAAACGCUUGAUGUUCCAGGGGUUGCUAGAUAUUCAGUGGUGGUCGAUUCACUUUUCUUUGGUUUCCAGAGUGGCUUUGACGCUUUCUAAAACCUGCUGCCUUCUAAUAGCACUAAGAAUAAAAUAACUUAAAGAGCCUUGGUAAUGCACAUUUUCUUAAAAAUAUAAAAAUUGCAAAAACGUCAAGGCAAACACUGAACUAUCUCAAAAAGCCCUUGACUUUACUACUGCCUCUUGUUGCAGUCAACCAAUAGCAGCAAACAGGUUCUGAAAUCGUUAACGUAACAACAUUCCGCAGCAGAGGGAAGCAGAAUGUUGACCAUGUGGCUCCCCCUAGUGACAGAAUAAAAACAAGUGUUGGGUGUGUUGAAGAAGCUACAAUACCUUUGACUUAGAGGAUUAAACUCUGGCAUCGGCACACAUGAUCAGCCUCUAAGCACUGGAGCUUACCUCUGGACUUAACAUCACUAAAUGCCUCCAAAUGCGGCUGCUGCGUAUUUAUAGACAGCCAACGACGCAAGGUGCAUAUGGACAGCAUUAACAAGACAUGUGCAGAGGCAGGAAGAGAAUUUAAUGUGUUCCCUCCCCUGGCUGUAAGAGGACAAACACACCAACAAUCAAUAUAUUCUAUAUGUUUUUGUGUGUCUGUAUAUAACAUAUACGUGCAUUCGAGUGUGUGUGAAUGUGUGUGUCAAAGAAAGAGUGAAAA